AUGAUAACAGACCAAAUAGUGCAGGUUGUAAGCCAGCACUGGCUGGCCAUUGGCGCCGCUGUCGUCCUCGCGUGGCUGCUGAGGAACAGAUACCACAAUGGCCUCAACAAGUAUCCGGGGCCGUUCCUGGCCUCCCUAACAGACUGGUGGAGGUUCUUUGAUGUCUACGGGCGGCGGCCCGAGAGGUCACACAUCGCCCUGCACAAGAAAUAUGGGCCCGUGGUCCGGCUCGGGCCGAACACGCUCUCGUUUUCCGACCCGGAGGCGCUGAAGACCAUCUACGGGCUGAACAAGGGCUUUAUCAAGUCCGACUUCUACGUCGUCCAGCAGUCUGUUGUCAAGGGCCGCAGCCUGCCGUCGCUGUUCAGCACCACGGACAAUGACUUCCACAUGCAGUUCCGCCGCUGCGUCAACUCGGCCUUCGCCAUGUCGGCGCUGGUGCAGUACGAGCCGUUCGUCGACAACACGACCAAACUGUUCCUGAAGCAGACGGAGCGCCUCUACAUCGACCAGCCGAACCCCUGCGACUUCACCCGCUGGCUGCAGUUCUACGCCUUCGACGUCAUCGGCGAGAUCACCUACAGCAAGCGCCACGGCUUCAUCGAGAAGAACGAGGACGUCGACGGCAUCGUCGCUUAUCUCACCAAGUUGUUCCUCUACGUGGCGCCGAUCGGCCAAAUCCCGAUCCUCGACCGCCUCUUCCUCAAGAACCCGAUCUACCUCAAGCUCUCCGAGUGGGGCCUGCUGGACGCGACCUUCCCGGUGGCCAAGUUCGCGCGCGCGCGCAUGGCGGAGCGGCUGCCGGAGCUGGAGAAGGGCUCGCCGGUGCUGCCGACGUCGGCGUCGCCGACGGGCAAGUCGCCCGACCUGCUGUCCAAGUUCCUGGCCGCGCGCGAGGCCCGCCCGGACUUCAUGACGGACACGCUGGUGCAGACCAUGGCCGUGUCCAUGGCCUUCGCCGGCUCCGAGACGACCGCCAUCUCGCUGUCCUCCGUCUUCUACUUCCUGCUCCGCAACCCGGCCGCCCUGGCCCGCCUGCGCGCCGAGAUCGACGACGCCGCCCGCCAGGGCCGCUUCAGCGACUACGAGACGGGGCUCGUCACCUGGCACGAGAGCCAGACGCUGCCCUAUCUCGAUAUGUGCAUCAAGGAGGCCUUCCGGCUGCACCCCGCGCCCGGCCUGCCGCUGGAGCGGAUCGUGCCCAAGGGCGGGCUGGAGAUUGCGGGGAAGAGAAUCCCCGGCGGCACCAUCGUCGGCUGCUCCGCCUGGGUGCUACAUCGGGACGAGAAGAUCUUUGGCGAGGACGUCGAUGCGUUCAGGCCCGAGCGGUGGGAGGUCAGGAGCGAGGAGGAUGAGGCCAGGGUCAAGACCAUGAACGGCACGAUGCUGCAUUUCGGCAUGGGCAGUCGGACGUGCAUCGGGAAGAAUAUCAGCUUGCUGGAGAUUUAUAAGCUGGUGCCCACUAUGCUGCGGCGGUUUGAGGUAAGUUUUUUCUUUUCGUUUUCUUUUUUUUUUUUUUUUUUUUUUUUUUUUUUUUUUUUUUCCCUCCUUUCUCUCCUGUCCUGGAGACGCAGGAGAAGGAUAAUUUACUGA